AACCAAAGUAAAUUUAAAAUUAAAAAGUGAGGCUGUGGGCUGAAAACGGCAUCAUACACUGUCGUUCCAUCGACAACCCACAGACUUCACCAUCUCCAUCACCAUCACCAUCAUUAUCCUUCCUUAACCCACCUCUUAUCUAACUCUAGUUAGGUCUAACAAAUUCUAACCCAAAAAAAUAAAAUAAAAAUACAGUAAAAAAGAAAAAGAAAGAAAAUACCUCACAUCCUCCUAUAAAUAUAUUGCUCGAGUAAAGCACGGUUUGCCAAAAUAGCCAGCGAACCGCGGCUUACAAAAAAUCCUCUCUCCUCUGCCCUCUUUUUUCUUCUCUUUCUCUCUCUUUAAAACCACAAGAAAUGGCGGUCACCAGAAAAUCUAGCGGACCAGUUCUAAGAUCGCUCUCACCUUCUGGAAGAUUCUAUGGUUCUUCCAAUACAACAUCGUUUGCUUCAUCAACUUCAAGCACCUUCACUUCUAGAACCUUCAUUCACCGUUCAUCAUCUCCGACUCGCCUGAAUUUAUAUUCCAACGGUUCAUCAGGUGUCCGGUUUAACUCCGGUUCAUACUCACCGAACCGGUCUAUUUCGGCUCAGUCUGUAAAGCGUCCAGCCACUGCGGGACAGAAGAAGACGUGUAUGUGUUCACCGACGAAUCAUCCCGGUUCUUUUCGGUGUAGUUUGCAUAAAAAUGUAUCGAAUCGGAAUGUUUCAGCAGCUCAACCGUAUCAGUCAAAUAGAUUGUUUGCUCGGAGGUCAGCGAUGACGAAUUCUCUUGUGAGAAUUGGAACUGUUGAAGGCGAUUUGGUGAAACGUGCUUUGGCUGCGCUUAUUCGUCCGUCGAGUCAUCAACAACGAAGAAGAUGUAAUUUUCAACCCAAGAAAAGUAGACUUUCUGUUAUGUCCAUGGCGGCAUAGUAAAAUGCAGAAGGAUGUUGCUGACGGAUGAGUUUUGGAAUCCGAGCGAUCUAAGAUUGCUGAAGCAAGAGAUUCAUGGAAAAAAAAUUGUGUAUAUAGUAUAUUAUGACAGUAUAAUUACAACUCCUAUAAUCGAAUUAUGAGUAAUGUUCAAGAAUUUUGGGACUUUUAGAAUUCAGUAAGGACUCGAUUGAAUUACCUGGACUAACUAACUAGAUAAUUUCAAAUAAUAUUUCAAUUUUCAUCAUUUUCAAUGAUUUCAAUUGAGAAUUUGGUUGUCAGAGAUGGUGCAAUUACGUCGUCGUUAAAUGAUUUCGAUGUGAUGUGUGUGACGUCGCUGCGUUCGUUUCGUCGUUGGUUCAUUCCGUUACUUCUCCGUUUAAAAUAUACGUGGGUGUUACUCGUCUGGUCCGUGGUAUUUUCCUGUAAGGGACUAUUAUUUUUGAUGGAAAAAAUAGUGUUAUUGAUAAUUUCUGUGGAUUUGAUAUUGACAAAGUGGAAUUGGAAAUACAUUAGUUUUGGACCCUGUACAAUGGACUUUGGACAAGGAAAUAAUGCUUGUCUUGAUUAUCAAGGAAACAAAUUAGUAACUACCUAACAAAGAGAUUGAAUCAAUUUUUUAAAUGAUACGAUCACAAUAAUAAAUUUAUUCAAAAUGUAAAA